UGCCCCCCAACGCCAACGCCUGUCAAACGUCAAAACAUAACCUACUUUUUUUCCUUCAAAACAAACAACCGCUAUGGCUCUAUACGACAACAAAUACUGGCUAUUAUCGCACAUACGCAACUCCUUCAUUUCCACAGACGACACAGGUAUGUGCGAGCUAAUCAUGGCUGGGGAGGAAGGUGUCCGAAAACACUUGAAACAAAGCCUGGAUCUUUACCCAGACGACGAAGACAGCGAGGACGAAGACGACUUGUCUCACGAGUCGUACGACUUGCAACUGGACACCGAUUUUCCCAUUAGAUACAGGUCUAACACCGCUGCGCGUUUGGAGAAGUUAGAACAAGUUAGAAAAAAGACAAGUAGAAUGAAACACGUAAAAUGGGAGACCAAUAACUCUGAGUUGUCGCAAGAGCAAGUGGACGAUUUGUUUGUUCGGAAGGAACCGGUUGUUAGUGAGGUGAAACAGUCGCUUUUUUCUAAAACCUUCAAACAGUAUAGAAUGAUGCCAUCGAAUCCUUUUAUUGAAUUCGCGAAGUUUGAUGGCAGCGGGCAGGUUAACCUCCAGACUAAGAAGUAUAGGAUUUUUCUGACCAUGUUGCCGGAGCAUCAGAGGAAUUAUCCAAUGAAUAUUUGUUGUAUUGGAAGCGCUAAAGUGUCAGAAUUAAUUGGACUGAUUUUGCUGAAAUGCAGCACAAUGUAUGAAGACUAUCACUGGAAACCUGUGACCACUUAUGGUCUAUAUAUAACAGAAGAAGAUGGAGAGGUAGAUAGAGACUUACCUUGUUUAGAUGCAAGGGAAAAUAUUUCCAAAUUUGGUUUCCAUUGUUUAGGGUUAGUUGAGCACACAGACCCCACUAAGUAUGUUAGUUUUGACACAUCUGAGUCAGUCAUUAUAAUGAGGUCACCUUUCAACACAAGUGAUAAAAAAUCUAAAGAUAUAUCAAAGUCUGAUCAAGAAAAACAAAUAACAACAGAUUUACAUUUAAUGGACGUGCAUAAAAGGGCAAUGGAGGCUCCACUAUAUAAAUCUUACAAAGUCUACAUGAUUACUAAAAUGCGGGCGAAAACAGAAAUCCAUUUAGGAAUCAGUGGAGAGAAAAUUGAGAUUGACCCUGUACAAAAAAAUUCAAAGUUCGUUUUAGUUAAGCAGAAACCAAUUAACCACGAUAUGGAUAUGAUAGCGUGGUGUGAAACCGUGGACGUGAAGAGCAAUAGAACUAUUUUUAGGAUUAUUUACAGCCAAAAUUUUGGUAGUUCAAGUGCACCAGAAAAUGUUUCUACGUUUAGUCCAACGCUACAGACUUCCGCUAGCUUUAAAAGCUACGACUUUGAGGCUGAGCAUGAAACUGCUGAAGAAAUAGUUUACAAAAUUAGCCUGAUUUUAGAACUUCGGUCUAGUGAUACACGAAAGGAGUAUUUAGCAGCUCAAGAGAGGAGAUACUACAAAAAGAAAGCGCUUAUUUAGUAGUUGUAUUGUUUCUAAUUAAUAUACCAAAAUUUGAACUUUG